AUGGAGACUUCUCAACAUCAACAUGCGACGACGGAACAUCAUGUGGCUAAGGACGCAGCGGUCCCAGCUGUUGCUGCGUCAACGGUGAUGGAGGAGGCCGGCGAGACUGAAAAUCAAGCACCGAAGCGUUCCCUCUGGAUCGCAUGGCUUUACAUGUUCGACUGGUAUCCUUCACAUCUUUCGAAACAGGAGAAGAAGUUUCUGCGAAAACUUGAUGCUUUUCUGCUCACGUUCACAUCACUAGCCUUCUUCUUGAAGUGGCUGGAUUCUUCCAACAUCAACUCCGCUUACGUCUCUGGCAUGAAAGAAGAAUUGAAGCUUUUUGGAAAUGAAUACUCCAUGUUCCAAACGUUCUACAACAUCGGCUACAUCAUCUGCCAAGUCCCAGCAAUGCUACUACUUUCCCGACCUAAAUACUCCCGAUACUUUCUGCCAACUAUGGAGGUACUGUGGAGCAUAUUGACAUUUGCUCAAUGCAAGCUUCAAACCGCUCCUCAGAUCUACGGCACCAGGUUCCUACUCGGCGUACUCGAGACCCCAGUUGCAUCAGGUUCUCUGUUCAUUCUAUCCUCAUGGUAUAAGCCUGAGGAACUCUUCAAGCGCGCGGGCUUGUGGUAUGUGUAUGUGAACACGAACAGACUUCCCCCCAUCCUCGACAUCGCACUGACACUUAUCAGAUCAAAUAACAUUGGUGUGAUGUUCGGUGGAUAUCUUCAAGCGGCAGCUUACAAGAACCUAAACGGGGUUCAUGGUAUGGCAGGAUGGCGCUGGCUAUUCAUCAUCGACGGCUGUAUCAGUCUUCCCAUCGGCAUCGCUGGCUACUUCAUUUUCCCCGGCAUGCCCACCAGCGGCAAGCCUUGGUGGCUUACUCAGGAAGAACAUGAAAUCGGCCAACGAAGAAUGCGAGAGGAAGGCAUCGAAGAGCCCAAGAAGAUCAGCAUGCAGAUGUUCAAGCGCGUUUUUGGUCACCGGCAUUGGUACAUUGGCGUUCUCGCCUAUGUGUUGUUUCUGUCAGGAGCGUACCCUCACGGCCAGAUGGCUCUAUGGCUCAAAGAUCAAGCAGACAAAUGGGGCAUUUAUACGGUGCCACAGAUCAACACCAUCCCCACAGGAGCUCAGGGGGUUUCAGUCGUGGCGGCAGUAUUGGCCACAUCCCUGUGCAUGGUGUAUCCCACAUGGGUCAUCUUCCAGAUCGUAAUGGCGAUCUUCAUGUUUGCGAACAUCGUGCAAAUGGUUUGGUUCGUGCCGCAUGGCCUGCACUUUGUGUCUUACUAUCUCUUCGGCGUCAGUGCAGCCGUCACGCCCAUCUUGGUACCAACCGUGAAUUACUGGCUCAAGGAUUCGGCUGAGGCACGCGCAUUCUGCACAGGAAGCAUGCUGACGCUCGGUUUCGCGAUCUCAAGCUUCUACCCCCUUGUCGUCUUUCCAGUGGUAGAGGCUCCCCGAUGGAGAAAGGGCUACAUCGUCAACUUCUUCUUCAUUCUAGGAUGCUGGGCUUCUCUCACGACUGGUUUCUUCCUAUAUCGUAAGCAAGAGAAGAGGCAGAAACAGCUGGAUCUUGACGAAGAGAACCUUAAAGGUGCUGAUGUCAAGCACGUGGAUUAG